AUGAAGGCAAGACAAAAGCUUCGGGAAGCAGUAGACUUGUUAUAUUCUCGUGGCUGUGCGACCGCCGAAGCUUACACUCGUCUUCUUCUGGAAUGCGUUCGAUAUAACGAUGUCGAUCAAGCCAAGCGACUGCAUUCUCACAUGGAUCUUCACUUGUAUCAGCCCCCAAACACCUUCCUCCACAAUCGUCUCGUCCAAUUUUAUGCUAGAUCUGGGUUACUCUCUGAUGCUCGGAACCUGUUUGAGAAAAUGCCCAACCGAGAUGUAUAUUCGUAUAAUAGUAUGCUGUCCGCGUAUUCCAAGCUGGGUUUGGUUGAUGAUAUGUGGGCGUUCUUCCAUCGAAUGCCUCGUCGGGAUUCAGUUUCUUACAAUACCGUGAUUGCUGGUUUGGCUGCAAAUGGGUGGUUGAGAAGAGCUUUGGAGGUUUUUGUUGGAAUGCAGAAGGAAGGAUUUGAGCCGACUGAAUAUACCAAUGUAAGUGUGCUGAACGUGUGUUCCCGCGCGUUGGAUUUGAAGCGCGGGAAACAAAUUCACGGGAAGAUUGAAGUUUCUAAUUUGGAAGGGAAUGUUUACACGUGGAAUGCUUUGAUUGAUAUGUAUAACAAGUGUGGUGAGAUCCAUCUGGCGAGGUGGUUGUUUGAUCGGAUGGUUGACAAGAAUGCUGUUUCUUGGAAUUUGAUAAUUUCAGGUUAUUUGAAAAAUGGGCAGCCUGAGAAAUGUAUCGAUUUGUUUCGUGAGAUGCAGCUGUCGGGUUUAAAGCCUGAUGAGGUUACAGUUUCCAGCGUUCUUGGCGCUUUCUUUCAAGGUGGGUACAUAUAUGAAGCAAGGAAAAUUUUUAGUGAGCUCGAGGAGAAGGAUGAGGUUUGCUGGACAACAAUGAUCGUGGGUUAUGCACAAAGUGGACAAGAAGAGGAAGCAUUGUUGUUAUUCAGACAGAUGCUACUUGAAAAUGUCAAACCUGACAGUUUUACCAUCUCAACCAUAGUUAGUUCCUGUGCCCGAUUAGCCUCUCUAUAUCAUGGUCAAGUAGUUCAUGGAAAGGCAGUACAUAUGGGAGUGGAUUGUAAUUUGCUUGUUUCGAGUGCCCUAAUAAACAUGUAUUCCAAAUCCGGAGAGAUUAAAAAUGCCUGGGCUGUUUUCAGCUUGAUGCCCAUUCGAAAUGUCGUUUCUUGGAAUUCUAUUAUUUUGGGUUAUGCACAAAAUGGAAAAGAUCUAGAGGCUCUGGCCCUUUAUGAAGAAAUGAUACUGGAGAACUUCAAGCCAGAUGACAUUACUUUCACAGGUGUGCUUUCUGCUUGUGUCCAUGCUGGCUUGCUCAAACGAGGACAGGAUUACUUUAGAUCCAUCAGAGAGUUUCAUGGAAUGACACCAACGUUAGAUCAUUAUGCAUGUAUGAUCAAUCUCUUUGGUCGUUCAGGUUACAUAGACAAGGCAAUAGAUUUAAUAAAUGUUAUGCCACAUGAGCCAAAUGGCCUGGUUUGGUCUACACUUUUAUCAGUUUGUGCAAUGAAAGGCGAUAUUGUACAUGGAGAGAUGGCAGCAAAGCAACUCUUUGAAUUGGACCCUCUCAAUGCUGGACCUUACAUAAUGCUGUCCAACAUAUAUGCUGCUUGUGGACGAUGGAAAGACGUAGCAUCCACAAGGUCUCUCAUGAAGAGUAAGAUGGUUAAAAAGCAUGCUGCUUACAGCUGGAUUGAGAUUGAUGGUGAGGUCUUCAAGUUUGUAGCUGAGGACCGAACACAUCCAGAAUUAGGAAAGAUUUAUGAAGAACUGAAUAAAUUGAUAAAGAAGCUGGAGGAUGCUGGAUUUAUUCCUCAGACAAACUUGGUGCUACAUGACAUCCAGGAGGAUGAGAAGUUUAAAUCCAUCUGUUAUCACAGUGAGAAACUUGCUCUUGCAUUUGGGUUAUUAAGAAAGCCUCAAGGAAUGGCACCCAUUAGGAUUAUCAAGAACAUCAGAGUUUGUGCCGACUGCCAUGAGUUUAUGAAGUUGGUAUCCAAGAUUAAUGGGCGGUCAAUCAUCCUGAGAGAUUCAAACAGGUUCCAUCACUUUGUUGGAGGACAGUGCUCCUGCAAUGGUAUCUGGUAAUGAAGUCCUGUGUGAAGCCUGCAUAUUUAGAGGGAUUGAAGAUGAAAGAUGCCAUAAAGAUACAAGCAUAGAUAUCAAGGCAUUUUGAAAUAGCAAAACGCUCUUAUGAAAGAUUUGAAAGGAGUUCCUAGCACAUGAAUUAAUUGGAGGCUCCACAAAGAAGAAUGAUACAAGCUGAAUGUGAGUCUGAUAAUUGCACUCAGAUGAGCAGGAAUGCUUUUGCCACGACCACUGGUAAUAAGAUACCUCAUCUAUAUCUGUGAUAUCCUUGGCCUUGAGUUAGUUAAGCCUUUUUUUUCUGAUUUUUGGGACAAUGGGUCUCCUUUUCUGGUGAUACACAAAUCAGAGAAGGUUCAGUCUUGGUUGAACAAGCAUCAGUGAUUCUCUACUUCCUCAUUGAUCCAGUGGAAAUUAAACCAAGAAAAGAGCUUGCCGGUCUUCAACAAAAGGGGGAGAGAGAAUCAUAACCAAGUAAAAGCCUGCUUGCUAAUUCUUUGGUUGUGCCUGCUUGCUAAUUCUUUGAUUGUGCUAGCUGUCAAGAACAGUUGCGUGCAUGAGGAGUCAGGAAGUAAGAGCAACAACUGAUUGGAGAUAUGAUCACCUCUCAUUGGACUAAAGGACGGCGAAUAUAAAUGUCUUAAAAGGAUUUGAAUACAAGCAGACACAGAAAAGGCAUCAGGGUUGAGAAAUAAUGAAUUGGCAUCCAAAAAGCAAGCUUGAUCUGAAGCAUCCAUGUGCAGAGUAGCGUUGAAGAAGGUACAUGAAAUGAUGUAAUUAUCAAUGAUGUUGAUUGGGAUUGUUUUUGAUUUUAUCUGAGAUAUAAUCUUCACUUUUCAUGGCUCAAGUUUUUGCUAGAAAGAACCCUUCUGCCUGAUUGUAUUUCACCUGGAUUCCCUGGGUCCUACUGCUCCGUCCUACCAUCUGGGAUUGAGGUGGAAUGGCCUGGCAAAUAUAAAAAGGCAAUCUUUUUGAUGGCUUUGUUGUUGGCUUGGUAUAAGACAACGUGUUUAUUAGGCAUCUUUU